CCAGUGAGCAUCCAUCUCGCAGACAAACAUGAAGCUGAUCGUGCUGGUGGCGAUGGUGGCGGUGGCCGCCGCUCAGGAGGACCUGGCGCCCGUGCCGUACGUGGCUGGCAGCGACAGGGAUGCCGAGAUUAUCAAGAACGAAUUCAGCAUGGAUGAGGCGGGUGGCUUCAUAGCCGACAUGGAAACGUCCAACUCGAUUCAGCAGUCGGCCACCGGCACCAGCUACCCGGGCAGCGAGCCCGAGACCGGCAGCUACGCCAUGAGCGGCUCUUACACGUACGUCGCGCCCGGGGGCCAGACCAUCGCCGUGACGUGGACGGCCGACGAGAAUGGCUACGUGGCCGAGUCGGACUCCAUCCCCAAGCUGCCGGCCGAGCAGCAGGCGGCCAUUGAUGCCUCUAUCGCCGCUGCACCGGCCGAAGACCUCGUCUUGUAG